AUGUUCCUGCGCUCUGUUGCCCGCCGCGUCAUGCCAACCGCCUCGGUUGCGCGCGCCAUGCACGUGUCCCGCGUCACUGCCUCCUCUGAUGGCCUUCGCAGCAUCCUUCAGGAGGAGCUGCAGGUCGAGAAGGAGCAGGGUGUGCCACCCACAUUCAGUUCCGAGAUCCGCGGCUUCAAGGUCGAGUACACCCCGGGCUGCCCAACCAUCAACCUCAACAACGUCGUCGACGGCGAUCUUGUGAACAUUCGCAUCAACCUCAACGACUGCGACAUCCCCGAGGCGCCCUUCUACCAGGAAGAGCAGGAGCAGGAGCAGGAGGAGGAGGUGCGCAUCGACGACGAGUACGACACCGUCUUACUUCACGACUCCCAGCACCUCGACGAACGGGUACAAGAGGAGACUGCCAACUAUCUCGCCUCCAAGGGUGUUGGUGCCGAGCUCUGCCGCGCAAUCGAGGGCCUCGUCGCUGACGCGGAGUACAACGAGUACCUCAAGUGGCUCAACGACACCGCAGACUUCCUCGAGUGAACACAUCCCUUCCACCCCAUCCAACCAGCCAUCAUCUCCCACAUCCAAUCAUGAUGACG